AUGGCUACAGUCGCCGAGUCCACAGAUGCCCUGCAGCAACAGAACCUGAGCAGAGAUGAUCAGACUCUCUUGCUGUUUGCCGGUCUGAUGGAGGGAGGCAAGGAGGACGACGAGACCGUCAGAGACCUUGAUCAGCUUACAAAGCUGCUUAAUGACGACGUCGAAGCAACUAGCAAAGGCCAAUCUUCUAUCUGCACAGUCAUUGAUGGCGACUGCGUAGACACUCUGCUCUGCUACCUCGACAUGCGACAGCAAGACGUAGUGAGGGGUCAUGCUACUCUUGCCACCUCUGCCUACCUCAAGGCUUCUGGAGACGAUGGCUCCAAGAAGCUCUCCGAAUUCUUCUAUGACCGAGUCAAACGGGGCACCUACGAUGACUACAUCGUUGCCUUUUGCGUGGCUGGUGUCAUCUUCCCCAUCGUCCCCGACCUGACAGCAGAACUGUUCCUGAGCGAAGGCUUUCUCCCGAGCCUUGGUCCUCUCAUGAGGCGCAAGUGGAAGAGCAGGAAAGUCGAGACUGCCUGUCUGGAGAUGCUCAACGCCGCUUGCAUGCACACGGCGUGCCGUGAGGGCGUUCAGAAGUACUGCCUGGAGUGGCUCGAGGAGGUCGUGGAUCAAGAUCCAGAAGAGGUUGUGAGGGACAUGUAUGCCGCCAAUCCCGAUGUCAACCUCGAGGAAGGCUCUAUCUCGAUGAGGAGGCACUCGGAGCAAGUACAGCAUCUUGCAGCUGUCGUCCUGGCAAAGCUCAAGGCAACACAACCGCCAAAGUCUACGACCGAGAUCACAGGGGAGAGAGUGGAGCAAGCGACGACGAGUAUCGAGGACUUGAGCAAGAUGUUCACCAAGGUAUUGAUUUCGAACCCGGAGCAGGGCCGCCAAAGCUCCGUUGAGGGCCUGGCGUACGCCUCUUUACAACCCCAGAUCAAGGAGGAUCUAGCAAGGAACAAAGAUCUUCUCGCAAGCCUAGUCAAGACUCUCCAAGAUGCACCUCCCAAGUCGCCCUUGACAUACGGCGCCUUGAGCAUCUUUGUCAACUUGACGAGGUACCAACCAACUCAGUCGGAGGAGGAGAAACGCAUCAGCCAGCUCAAGGCAUACGCAAACGCAGCUGGGAAAAUACAACCCCAACCCCUGAAUGACGACAAGCAUGUCGCUGCACGGUGUAAGAGAGUCUUCGAGGCGGGCAUCACCCCCGUCCUCGUGUCACACAGCAAGAACGGCUCGGUGGCUUCCCUUACACUCAUCAUCUCCAUCAUCUUUUCCAUUUCAGUAACGACUAGUCUGCGGGGCCAGCUGGCACAACAGGGAGCCGUUCGCCUGUUGAUCGAUGCCUGGGAUAGCCUGCCGGCAACAGAAACCCAGACAAAGCGAAUGGCGGCCCAGGCGCUGGCGCGUGUUUUGAUUUCCACCAACCCGAGCCUCGUGUUUGGAGGAACAAGGCCGGUUCCGCAAAGUGCUGCUAUUCGACCCCUGACUUCUCUCAUCAACCCCGAUCCCGCUGCCGACACUCGAGACCUACUGCCUACAUUCGAGACGCUCAUGGCCCUGACAAAUUUGGCAUCCACGGACGAUGACACGCGCCGGAGCAUCGUCAGGACAGCCUGGACUGACAUCGAGGAGCAGCUCCUCUCCCCAAACAACCUCGUUACCAAGGCCUGCGUCGAGCUCAUCUGCAAUCUCGUCCAGGGCGUCGACGCUCUGCAGCUCUACGCGGACGGCAGCGUCCAGGCCAAGAACCGGCUGCACAUCCUGGUCGCCCUGGCGGACGCCGAGGACGAGGGCACCAGGAGCGCGGCUGGAGGCGCCCUGGCGAGCUUGACCGCCUACGAGCCGGUGGUGCAGGCGAUUGUCUCGCGCGAACGCGGGGUGGAGAACGUCCUCGGCCUCUGUGCAGACGACAGCGAGGACCUGCGGCACCGCGGCGUGUUUGUCGUCUACAACAUGAUCUCUGCCGAGGGUGAGACGGGCCGGCUCGCGCGGGAGAAGGUCAAGCAAGAAAACGGCGUCAGCAUCCUGACCGAGUGCGCCAAGAAGAGCCGCAGGGCCGAGGUUGUGGAAAUCACUGUUCAGGCAAUCAAGAUUCUCAUAGAGCAGGUAUAG